UCGAUCGCAAAACCAGAAGAUGAAAAAGAGAUGGAAACUGAUCAAUCACCACCAUUCUUCAUUUGGCAUCUAUCGUUAUAGGGUAAAAUUGGGGAUGCUCCAUAUUCUUAUUAAGAAAACUAUAUCCUAAUCCUCAAUUAGUGAACUCUGGAUCAUAAAACUCUAAACCUCACAAAUUAAAAUCUAAGAUAAAAAUCUCGUUAACCUUGCUUGUUCAAUCAACGAUUUGAUUGGUUUCGACUGAUUAAAAGUACCAUUUGUCGGAAUUUUCCCUAGGGAGAUGAAUCAGAACCGUCGAGUACUGUUUCUAAUUAAAUUGAUCAUAGGGUAUAAGAUUUAGGAAAUAAGGAUCUAAGUUUUACUCAUUAGGAUUUCGGAUAUAGUACCAUAUUCCAAACUUGUUUUACUUCAUGGUCAAAGUAAGGUAUGCAGUACCUACGAUUUACCCUAGGUGAGAUAAACUGCAUAAUCCCAAAUGGAAACCUGGUGGUUUCCAACCAUUUGGAUAUUUGAACAAUUAUUUAUUUUUUGUGAUACUUUUUUCAAUUCUCAAAAUAUUGUAGUACUUUUUAGGGAGUUUUUGGGUGUUAUUUGGUAUUUACAUAUUAAGGAUUAAUUAUGAAUAGUUUAAGAGAAUUUCUCUAAUUAUGAACGUCGCUGGGCCGAAAGAAUUUUUCGGCCGGACGGCGCACCGGCCGCAAAUGUUUUUCGGCCGGGCGGCGCACCGACCGCAAAAUUUUUUCGGCCCGACGUCGCUCCGGCCGCAAAUUUUUUUCGGCCGGCCGAUGCACCGGCCGCAAAAUUCUUUCGGCCCGGCCAAUUUUUGUAUUUAAUUUAAUUUAAUAUGAUAAUUAAUUAGCAAUUAGUGUUAAUAUUUAUUUAAGUUGGUGUAUAAAUGUUUUUUUUAAUAUGCGUUUGAAAGUUUAAUUACUAAGAAUUAGUUAAUGGAAUUUUAAUUAAUUAAUAAUUGAUUUAAUAAUUAAUGUUAAUAUUUAGUACAUUAGAUAAUAGAAAAUUAAUUAAUUUCUGAUUAAUUAACAAUUAAUGUUAAUAGUACAUUAGUUAAUAGAAAUUUAAUUAAUGUUAAUUAAUUAACAAUUAAUGUUAAUAGUACAUUAGUUAAUAGAAAAUUAAUUAAUUAGUGCGCAUCUAAGUAUGAUAUUGUUUAAAUUUGUAGAUAAUUAGAUAUGGAUGAUGCGGGUGAUGCGGGUGGGAAUGAGUUGAAUAGAUUCAAUGGUAGGGUUGUUGAUGUAUCAGCACGAAGGAAGAAUAAGGAGAAUAAGCGCUCUCGAGAUAUUGGACAUCAGUCACAGGCAAAUUUAGGGGAGGAUGAGUUAGAGGCUCCUACUGUAGUUGCUCGUUCGGCAUCACGGGCGUCUGGUUCCCAUGGGAGGAACCAGGGUGCUGCAUCGAGAGUGGUCUCGACUGAUUUUGAUGAGGACGAUAAUGAUGAGGAUAUCGAGGUCCCUCCACCUACGCGUGGACAUGGACGAGGGCCGUCUUGUACGGCAACAUCACGUCCUGCUAUGUAUAGGGACCGAGCUGGGCGAUUCGUACCACCUGCUCGUCAGGAGACAGAGAGCUCGGGGACUGGACGGAGUAGGGGAGGACGUUCGAGUGGUCCUCCACCGUGGGAGCUUGUUGGUGAGUGUCCUGGUGGACCUACGGAUCCUAGCCUCAUUAUGAGCUUUCGUGGCCACGUUGCCUAUGCGCUUUGGACGGGGGCUGGAGAUCGAGGGGUCAUCAGUUGCUACAGCCGUACAUCGGCGGUUUCUGAUCUGAGUAGCUACGUGUUUAGUCAUGUUAAGGCGGAGGAUCUGGUGGCGCAGUCAGGUCUACAACACCUGAUCUACUCUAUGUUCCGCAAGAUAGAGAUUGACGAGGCUUUGAUCUCAGCUUUUGUGGAGAGGUGGCAGCCGGAAACGAACACCUUCCACUUGCCUUUUGGAGAGAUGACUAUCCUCCUCCACGAUGUUCAGUACUUACUGCAGAUUCCUGUUGAGGGACGACUGAUGAGUAGGAGUUCUGCGCAGCUUGACCAUCCGGAGGCGGGUUUGUGUGCGCUUCUUGGGAUGAACUCAGAGCAGUUGAGUGGUCGUUCGGAGGUCCCUGGAUAUAAUAAUAGGAGUAAGUGGUACGAGAAGGGUGGUUUUCUUGCAGAGAUGGCGUCCAGAUACUUGCAGAGCCACGGGACACAUGUGAUAGAGGCGCAGUCGUACUUGUUGUUGCUGUUGGGGUCCACUUUGUUUGUGGACAAGAGUAGAGACAGGGUUCGAUCGGUGGUGAACCUAUUUUUGGACGAGUUGGAGGAGUUAGAUCAGUAUAGUUGGGCGUCAGGUACACUUGCUUGGUUGUACAGAUACCUUGGCCAGGCGUCUCGUGCUGGUGCCAGGGGGAUGGCUGGUUGUCUCACACUUCUGCAGUGCUGGAUCUACGAGUACUUUCCGGGUUUCAGGCCAUCUCACUUCGAGCCUGCCGCUGUUGGACCUGAUGAUGCUUGGGCUUCACGAUGGGUUGGGCAGCCGACACCUGGUUCUGUGGCUGAUUCCAGUGGGAGGUUGGCGUUCUACCGUCGAGCUCUUGACAGCUUGACCCCUUCUGAUGUGUCUUGGACAUCUUUCCAUCAAAGGCCUCAUCAGGCAGUGCGUCGCUCUUUGUACACUGGAGUCAUCCGGUUCGCUGACAUAGGCGAGUUCUAUGAUCCAGCCCGUUGCCUCCGACAGUUUGGAUACCGACAGAUGGUACCACCUGCCCCUUCGCGUCCUCAGCGAGAAGACCUACCAGAGGCACCUGGUGGAUAUGUCAUUCGGAUUCCUGAGAGUUUUGAUGCUGCAUGGGAUGCUUUGCCCACAUUGUUUGAUGAGGCAACCACUCACUUCACACGUAGUCGACCAUUUUUAUGUUCUUCACUGUCCAGACCCUCUCAAACUCAUUAAUCUUUUGAAGAAAACCCUCUUGAGUUCAACUCCAUGCAGCUUUGUCGAAAUAUUUCUUCCAUACCGCUUGUGCUACCUCUCUUUUUGCAAUUCCACCCAGUAACACUUCAAACUUUUGCUUCACACAGUUGUUGACGUGCCAUAAACAUAGUAGGUGGACAGUAUGUGGGAGAGGGAAGACCACAGGAAUAGAAGCAAGCAAACCACCUUCUUUGUCUAUCACAAUGACAUUCGGAACCGUAUCACCGAGCAACCCUUUAAUACAUCGCAACAGCCACUCAUAUGUUUCCUUUGUUUCCUGCUUAAUAAUUGCACAUGCAAUGUUGAAAUUCUUCUUGAUUGGAGUAACCUCAAUAAUCUCAACCCAUGGCCAGCCGUACCUGUUGGUCUUGUAGGUCGAGUCAAUGAGGAUGACGUACGGCCAUGCAUGCAACAUCUGAAUGGACGUCGGGUGCGCAAAAAACAGAUUUGUGAGCACAUUAUUAGAGUCCUUUUCCAAACAGAUAUGGUACCCACGAUGUUCAGCUCCGUGAAGCGCAAACUGUAUCGCAUCCAUUUCACCCAUCUCAUCCAAUCUUGUCUUGGAAUUUAUGUUGUACAUCUGUUUGAUAUCAUGAUGCACACCCCCUUCAGUAUUGAGUGUCGUCUUCUGCUGAUUUGGUCUCACCCCCGCCUUCCUCAUUAAUCUUAACCUCUCUUUUUCAGCCUCACUAAACUGUUUGUUGUGUCGGUGAUGUUCUGGAUACAACACCUUUUCAUGGUUGUGAAACCCUCUAUUAGCUCCGGUUUCACGACUUGUCACUGCCACUAUGACCCAUGUGUUUGGACCAUCCUUUUGCCAUACUUCCUUUAUACAUAUCUGAAACUGGCAACCAGUACCCUUCGAACUAAUAUUCCCACGCGUCUCCUUCGUAGGGUCUGGUUUAUAAGACUUAACGAUCCUACUACUUCUGUCGCAAUACAUACAUAGGGCAGUAACAGGAUGCAGUCCAGCAGUAUUCGGUUUCCAUGCUCCUCUAACAAUAAAGAACCCACACUCCUGAGCGAUUGUUCUUGCAGCUAACUCAGCUAACUUCACACUUGCAUAAUGGAUCCCAUUCUCAAAUUCCUGUGUGUAAUCAUGAUCGGCCGGUAACAACCCUGACAUUUUUCCUACAAUUACAAUAUAAUACAUCAAUAUUCCUGUGAACCUAAACGCUAAUUUCAAGUCUUAACCGCUAAAUUCAACUCCUAAACUCUAAAUUCAAUUCUUACACGCUAAAUUCAACUCUUAAACGCUAAAUUCAACUCCUAAACUCUAAAUUCAACUCCUAAAAUUGAAUUUUUCCGAAAAAUUCCAAAAACAGACGGUGGGCCGAAAAAUUCCGGCGGCCGGAACCUGGCCCGGCCGAAAAAUUCCGGUGGCUGAAACCUGGCCGGGCCGAAAAAUUCCGGCGGCCGGAGCCAGGCUGAGCCGAAAAUAUAUUGUGGCUCAGCCUGGUUCCGGCCGCCGGAAUUUUUCGGCCCGGCCAGGUUCCGGCCACCGGAAUUUUUCGGCCCGGCCAGGUUCCGGCCGCCGGAAUUUUUCGGCCCACAGUCUGUUCGUUUCAAAUCGUCGGAAAAAUUGUUCGAAACUACAUAAAAAUUACGCAUCUGCUUAGUGAUGAUUCAUUGAUGCGUGUACGCAGUAUAUGUCGAGGAUAGGCUUUCCCGAUGAUUUUCCGGCGACUUUUCCGGCGAGCGUUGAAUAUUUCUGAUUCAAUACGUUUUCUGAAAGUUGGAUAUGUUGUAGAUUGUGAAACUCAUUAACCAAAGAUGUAUAUAUAUACUUUUUUUUUUGGUUGGCGGCAAAUAGCAAGCCCCAUUUAUAAUUCCCUAACCCUACCAAGAACGUCCUAGAUAUGGUUUCUAUCGAUAUGACAUUCCGGAUAAUUCUAAUGAGAUAUCUUUAUGUAGAACAAUAACAUGAUACAUUUUAU